AUGCGUAGCCGCGGCGUAUACGUGAUGUUAACAUUCUGCGGAUUAGUGAGCGCUGCACUGGCCGCUUGGCUGCUGGUCUCCCUUGUGGGUGCACAAGUGGGGGCUGAAGAGUCCACAGCGGUGGUGACCGUUGAAUUGGCCAACGGGCAGGGCAAGGUGCUGGGCAAUUUCGAUGUGACGGCUUUCACAGAUCAGAGAUUUAUGCAAUUCCGCGGCAUUCCAUUUGCAGAGUCACCGGCGGGGGAUCUGCGCUUUCGGCCACCUGUUCCGCGUUCGAGCUGGUCGCCCCAUACCGCCAGUGCCCUCCACUUUGCGCAACGCUGUCCCGUGAUAACGCACAUGGAUGGCCAGACGUCCGAUGCUAAGACGGAGGACUGUCUCAAUGUUUCCGUGUACACCAAAAAUCUCACAGCCGGGCAGCCAGUGAUGUUCUACAUCUACGGCGGCGGCUACUACAACGGUUCUGCCGAGGAUCAUCCUCCCCACUAUUUGCUGGAGAAGGAUGUGGUCCUGGUAGUGCCUCAGUACCGAGUGGGAGCCCUGGGCUGGCUGAGCACCUUCACGGAGGAUAUGCCCGGCAAUGCGCCCAUUGCGGAUAUCCUAUUGGCCCUCCAGUGGGUGCAGACACAUAUCUCUCUGUUCGGUGGGGAUCCACAGCAGGUGACCAUCUUUGGCCAGAGCGCUGGCUCUGGGGUGGCCAGUGCCCUGCUGUUGAGUCCCCGCACCGAAGAGCAUCUCUUCAAGCGAGCCAUUGUCCAGUCGGGUUCGAUCUUCGCCCGGUGGGCCAUCAAUAGCGAUCCCCGUGCCCAGGCCACACGUAUCUGUGAGAAACUGCUUUGCUCCGGAUGCGAACAGGAGGAUCGGCUGUGGGUUUGUUUGCGCAACGCUUCGGUCGCGAGUAUCCUAAGGGCCACCCAGGCAGAGUCGUUCUCUCCAGUUGUGGGCGAUUUACUGGGAAUCCUGCCCCAGCAUCCCAGUGAGCUGGUGAAAACCUACCAGCGGCAGAUUCCACUGCUCACUGGCUUCACGGAACACGAUGGCUCCUUCAUCCUGGCCAGCUACUACGAUAUGAUUGCCGCGAAGCUUCCAAAUGUGAGUGCCCUAACGGUGCGCGAGUUCUCCGCGGGACUCAUGGGAAUGGCCAAUGAUAGGACCGGACUCACGGACAACCUGCUGUACCGUUUGCUCUUCACACCAGAGCUCCUCAACAGUCACGAUCACAAGGGUGCGCUGCCCGCCUACUUCGAUCUUACGUCGGCCUACAUGAAGUCGCCAGUGAUAGCGCUGGCCACGAAACUCUACGCACAGCAGCCCUCGGCUCCCGUCUACGUGUACAGCUUCGAGUACGAGGGAAAGUACACCCGGUUUGGCUAUGAGUUCGGCAACGACCACUACCCCUUCAAUGGGGGAGUGCACCAUUCCAAUGAGAAUCUGUAUCUGUUCGCCACACAUCCCCUGGUGGGGCAGGACUCGCGUAUGUCCCAGAAAAUGGUCGAAUUGUGGACUUCGUUUGCCAUUGAUGGUAGGCCCAAGGAACUGCGACCCCUGUCUAGCCCCAGUGGACCCUACAAUCGGCUGGCUCUGAACAUAACGACAGGCGAGGAUCUGCUGGAGACUCUCACGUCGGCCAUCGAUGAUCCCGACAAUGGGAGGCUGCAGCGUGAGAAUGUGGACUUUUGAGGAGGGUUACUUGGGAAUUAUAAUUUAGAUAGGAGAACGGAAAGGCAAGACGGCUAUUUUUCCCAUUUCUGGGUAUAAUACUUAUCAAAGCGUGCUAAAUUUAGUGGAACGGUAGAUAAGGGCUAUAUAUACUCGUAGUAAUUUUCCUAAAUAGAGCGCUAUAUCUUAGAAA